GAGAUUUCCUCUCUUCCAGCAAAAUAUGAUAUUGCUAUAUCAACAGCAUGCCCAGGACUUGAUUAUAUUGUGGUAGAAACAACUAGUGCAGCACAAGCAUGCGUGGAGCUACUGCGGAGGAAGAAUCUUGGUGUUGCAACUUUCAUGAUAAUGGAAAAACAAAUGAAUCACUUAUCCAAGUUGAAGGAGAAUAUUAUUACUCCUGAGGGAGUUCCACGCCUUUUUGAUCUGGUUAAAGUUCAGGAUGACAGGAUGAAGCUGGCCUUCUUUGCAGCAAUGGGGAACACAGUUGUAGCUAAAGACCUGGAUCAGGCAACAAGAAUUGCAUAUGGCGGAAACAUCGAAUUUCGGCGUGUGGUGACACUUGAUGGUGCUCUCUUUGAGAAGUCUGGGACAAUGAGUGGUGGGGGAAGCAAGCCACGUGGUGGUAGGAUGGGGACUUCUAUUCGAGCUGUCAGUGUUUCGGGAGAAGCUGUUGCAAAUGCUGAGAAGGAUCUUGCUAAGCUGGUUGAUCAGCUAUCUAGUGUACACCAGAGGAUCGCUGAUGCAAUGAUGCAUUAUCGGCAAGCAGAAAAAACUGUUUCUCAUUUGGAAAUGGAAUUGGCAAAAGGCCACAAGGAGGUGGAGAGUUUGAAUGCUCAGUACAGUUACAUUGAAAAACAACUUGGUUCUCUAAAAGCUGCAUCACAACCAAGGCAGGACGAACUUGAUAGACUGGAAGAGCUAAACAACAUUAUUUCUAUUGAAGAAACAGAGCUUAGGAGACUUACUGAGGGCUCUAAACAGCUGAAGGAGAAGGCUAUUGAGCUUCAGAGGAAAAUAGAAAAUGCCGGUGGUGAAAGAUUGAAAUUGCAAAAGGCAAAAGUCAACAGAAUUCAGUCUGAUAUUGAUAAGAGCAGCACGGAGAUCAACCAUCACAAAGUUCAAAUAGUUACAGGUCAGAAAAUGGUAAAGAAGUUGAAAAAGGGGAUUGAAGAUUCAAAAAAAGAAAAAGAAAAAGCUUUUGAGGAGAAGGAAAAACUGCUUGCUACUUUCAAAGAGACAGAACAGAAAGCAUUUGCAGUACAAGAGAAUUACAUAAAAACACAAGAGCUCAUUGAUCAACAUAAAGAUGUACUGGACAAAGCGAAAGCAGACUACAACAACCUGAAGAAAACUGUGGAUGACUUGCGGGCUUUAGAGGUAGAUAUUGAUUAUAAAUUACAAGAUAUGAAGAAGCUUCUAAAGGAAUGGGAAAUGAAAGGGAAAGGGUACAAGAAAAGGCUUGAUGACCUGCAAAGUGAACUCACAAAACAUAUGGAGCAAAUUCAAAAAGACGCCAUAGAUCAUGAAUUGGUACAAGCAACACUGAUGGACGGGGCAUUAACCGAGGCUUGCGACCUGAAAAAGGCCCUGGAAAUUGUAGCAUUGCUUGAAGCACAACUUAAAGAAAUGAAUCCAAAUCUUGAUUCUAUCUCAGAGUACCGGACAAAAGCUUCUUUAUACACUGAGCGUGUAGUGGAGCUGAAUACAGUGACUCAACAACGUGAUGAUCUAAAGAAGCAAUAUGAUGAAUUGAGGAAAAUAAGGUUGGAUGAGUUCAUGGCAGGAUUCAACACAAUAUCCUUGAAAUUGAAGGAAAUGUAUCAGAUGAUCACACUAGGGGGUGAUGCAGAGUUGGAGCUAGUUGACUCUCUGGAUCCUUUUUCCGAGGGUGUUGUUUUUAGUGUCAGGCCUCCAAAGAAGAGCUGGAAAAACAUUGCAAACCUAUCCGGUGGUGAGAAGACACUCAGCUCAUUAGCUCUGGUGUUUGCACUCCAUCACUACAAACCGACACCACUUUAUGUAAUGGAUGAGAUUGAUGCUGCCCUGGAUUUCAAAAAUGUUUCUAUUGUAGGCCAUUAUGUGAGGGACCGCACAAAAGAUGCACAAUUUAUAAUUAUUAGUCUGAGAAACAAUAUGUUUGAGUUGGCGGAUCGACUUGUUGGCAUUUAUAAAACUGAUAACUGCACCAAGAGCAUCACCAUUAACCCAGGGAGUUUUGUGGUUUCUGAAAAAGUGGCAUGAUUUCGUUGCUUAAACUGCUGUGACAUGC